CCCGUUUGUCUAGUUCAUUCCUGCUCACUUUCCCAUUCCCACUACUUCAUUCUUUCAACCCUUUCAUCGAAUGCUGACUAGACACUAUCUAGAAUCAGAACUUCCUGUUCCCUGAGCAUCUUACCUGCCUCGAUACACCCCUUGAGCCCCCUUACAUUAUCCCACCCACCACUUCGCACCAUGCAAACAGAAAUGCAUCCCGACGGCCUAGCCCAGGAAGCAUCCGAGAAGAUCGCCAACAACUGGAUCCUCCAAUUCCUAGAAAAGGACACUCGCGAGCCUCUCGCGAAAUUCAUGCGAGGACACUUCAAAGGCUUCGACGUCAACGAGUUCUCCAUCCUUGCACGGGGAUCCCACAACAUCGUCCUGCGUCUCAGUUGCAAGUCCUACGACGGGGUAGUGACCCGAUUCUCCCAACCCGGUGCCGUCGUCUUCCCCGAAGAGAAACACACCAACGAGCUCGCCGUCAUCCGAUUCAUCAUGGAUCAAACCGCCAUCCCCGUUCCACUCAUCCUGCACUCCGGCACCAAAGCGGAGAGUCCCCUCAAUCUAAGCCCCUGCAUGGUAACAGAGUACAUCGACCACGAAACAAAAAUGUACGACGCCCUCACCACCCCAAACUCUCCACCCGAACAACGCGGCAUUCUCAACCCAACCAUCCACCCCGACACACUGUCAACACUCUACAAACAAAUGGCCCACAUCGUCCUCCAACUCUCCAUACCCUCUUUACCCCGCAUCGGCUCCCUCACCCAACUCGACGACUUCACCUGGAACGUCACCCGCCGACCCCUACCCCUCAACAUGAACGAACUCGUGCGCCUAGCUGGGUUACCACAAUCAACCCUCCCCUCCCUAGACACCACAUACCAAACAUCCUCCUCAUACCUCGAAUCCCUCGCAGACCUACACAUAACCCAUCUAACUCACCAGCGCAACGACGCAAUCCUCUCCGCCGACGACUGUCGCCGCAAAUACAUCGCCCGAUAUCUCUUCCGCAAACUCGCCCGCGAGAAACGCCUCACGGACCCAGAAUACGAAGCCGGGCCGUUCAAAUUAUGGUGUGAUGAUUUCCAUCCCUCGAAUGUCCUGAUCAAUAAACAUAAUACCAUUGUCGGGGUGGUCGAUUGGGAGUUUACGUACGCGGCGCCGGUGGAGUUUUCUCAUGCGCCGCCGUGGUGGUUGCUUGUGCAGCGGGCGGAGGGUUGGGAUGGGGGUAUUGAGGAGUGGAGUGGUGUGUUUGGGUCUCGGUUGGAUACCUUUCUUGAGGGGAUGAGAAGUUGUGAAGAUGUGAUGAUUGGGCAGGGUCGGAUGGAUGAGACUCAGCGGCUUUCUGGACCUAUGUUGCGGAGUUGGGAGAGUGGGGAUUUUUGGAUCGUGUAUGCGGCGAUGAAUAGUUUUGCGUUUGAUGUGGUGUUUUGGGAGAAGAUUGAUGAGAGGUUUUUUGGACGGUUGGGGGAUGGGGAGGAGGGGUGGAAGGAGAGGGUACAGUUGCUGGAUGACGGGGAGAGGGCUGAGAUGGAGGAGUUGGUGGGGAGGAAAGUGGAGGAGAUGGAGACGAGGGUUUUGGAAUGGGAUCCGGAUGAGUAUACCCUUGCUGCUCAACGGGAGUGGGAGAGUCGGUGGGAAGAGGUAGAUAAGGAGGAGGUAGCAGAGCAUGUAGCUGAGGAGGCUGCGAAGGAGAAGGAGAAAAGGUGGAGCACACGUGCGAAGAGAAUAUCGUAUUACUUUAGUUGAGAGCCUGCAGGUAUUGUCUCUGAACUAUUUCGGCACUAUCUACUGUGAUUAUGCA